CCUUUGUCUAAUUGCAGUUAUGAUAAUUGAAUUUGAAAAAGAAAUGAUUGAUAAAUCAGCAAGUUUUGCAAACAAGAAUGGAAUUGCUACAAAGGAAAAUAUUCCCCUGGAACCACUUAUGGAUGAAGAAAAAGGAAAUGUUUUUGGGGAAUCUUUCAAAGAAUAUGCAAAAUCUAUUUUUUCAGACUCGCUUAUCCCAGGUUUUUCACAAAUCGUAAGCACGAGAACGUGGAAGAAGAAGUUGUGGAAAUCAGCCAUAUUUUCAGUUUGCCUGGCAGGGUUCCUCUACCAAGCGCGGGAAUUUAUGGCAUAUUAUUGGACAUAUCCAACAACUACUUACACUAAAAUAAGUUGGCCUUCUGAAGUAUUGCUGCCUGCUGUAACAUUUUGUAGCAACAACCGGUAA